CUGCGGUUGAGACUGUGAUCUUUUUUAGAGGAGCUGGAGGACGAACAGUGUGUGUGUGUGUGUGUGUGUGUUUGCGUGCAUGUGUAUGUUAUGGGUGUGUUUCCGUCACUCAAGGACUUCCAGGGUCUCAGAGAUAAUGUGGAAUUCAUGAGAGGAAUGCCGUACAGGGGUUCCUUCCUGUCACCUGACUCCAUCACUUCCUGCGUUGGGCUUCCUGCGUCUGGAUUUCCAAGGAGAAGGAGCGGAGAGGCAGUGAGCUCGGCUGCAGAGAGACAGAACUACAGAUCCAACUCAGAACCUCAUUAGGAAAAGCUGGGAUUUUCUCGGAAGAAGAAGAAGAGAGUAGGAGUCCUUUUCCUUUAGGUUUGCAACUGGUCUCUCCAUUCAUCACGGCUCUUCUGGUUCCAGUUUUGGGAAAUCUGCCUGCAAGUCAGCUGGGUAGUCUCACAUUUAUAACAAGGGAUUUUCUAGAAAAGCAUCCUCUUGUAUCCAGGCUCAGUUUCCUCCUGUUCUUCUCUUCUCCAUCUCUCUCUCAUCUUCUCUUUGGAGGCGGAUUCCAAACUUCGGACAGCCAAACUCCAGAGUUUGGGAAUACUUUCAGAGAGGCAAAAAAACAGGACAAGGACAUAGUGUUGCAACAGCAUACAAAGAGACCCUGGCUCCUGUAAAGAUGGCUGACGUGGUGCAGCCAGACCCCAACAGCCUGCAGAUACCUGGUGAUCAUUUAUCAGCCCCUUCGUCACCUGCCACAGCUAGAAAUGACUGCAGCAUUACACCGCUCACACCCUCGCCCUCACCGAGGGUGGAGGUCAGACCCAGGAUGGCCUGUCCCUUCUCAGUUGUCGUAGCGAUAGACUUUGGGACAACCUCCAGCGGCUACGCCUUCAGCUUCACACAGGACUCAGAAGCCAUACACAUGAUGAAGCGCUGGGAGGGCGGCGACCCUGGGGUGGCCAAUCAGAAGAGCCCGACGUGUCUGCUGCUGACUCCUGAUUUGCGGUUCCACAGUUUUGGGUUUGCUGCCCGGGACUUCUACCACGACCUGGACCCAGAGGAGGCCCGGCACUGGCUCUACUUUGAUAAGUUCAAGAUGAAGAUCCACAGCACAAGUGACCUCACCAUGGAGACGGAGCUGGAGGCGGUCAAUGGUCGAAGGGUCAGGGCCAUCGAAGUGUUUGCUCACGCCCUGCACUUCUUCAGGGAACACGCUCUAAAGGAGGUGAAGGACCAGUCGUCUUCAGUGUUGGAAGGAGAGGAGAUCAGAUGGGUCAUCACCGUCCCUGCUGUGUGGAGACAACCUGCCAAACAGUUCAUGAGAGAGGCUGCAUACCUCGCUGGUCUGGUGGCUCCCGACUGUCCCGAGCAGCUCCUCAUCGCUCUGGAACCCGAGGCUGCGUCCAUUUACUGCCGUAAGCUCCGCCUCCACCAGGUGAUUGACCUGAGCUUGCAGCCAAUCACAAAUGGCCUAGAUCUGGAGGGCUCCCAGCCCUUCGACUCCAGCUUCAGACAAGCAAGGGAGCAGUUGAGGCGAUCCAGACACAGCAGGACCUUCCUAGUGGAGAGUGGAACCGGAGAGCUGUGGUCAGAGCUACAGACUGGUGACAGGUAUAUUGUUGCAGACUGUGGAGGAGGAACAGUUGACCUGACAGUCCAUCAGAUCGAGCAGCCACAGGGAACACUUAAAGAGCUCUACAAAGCUUCAGGCGGUCCGUAUGGUGCCGUCGGAGUAGACUUGGCCUUCGAAGCCAUGCUGUGCCAGAUCUUUGGCGAGGACUUCAUCCAGAGCUUCAAAGCCAAGCGGCCGGCGGCGUGGGUGGACCUCACCAUUGCAUUUGAGGCUAGGAAACGGACGGCGGCGCCAGGCAGGGCCAACGCCCUCAACAUCUCCCUGCCCUUCUCUUUCAUCGACUUCUACAAGAGACACAGAGGGCAGAGUGUGGAGGCCGCACUGAGGAGGAGCAAUAUGAACAUAGUGAAGUGGUCGUCCCAGGGGAUGCUGAGGCUGACACAGGAAGCCAUGAAUGAGCUCUUCCAGCCCACCAUCAUCAAUAUUGUCAAACACAUUGAGGAGCUGAUGGCAAAGCCGGAGGUGCGCGGUGUGCGUUUCCUCUUCCUUGUUGGUGGUUUUGCAGAGUCGCCCAUGCUACAGAAAGCGGUCCAGAGAGCACUGGGGCGGACGUGUCGCAUCAUCAUCCCCCAUGACGUUGGGCUGACCAUACUGAAGGGUGCUGUCCUGUUCGGGUUGGAUCCCACUGUGGUCAGAGUGCGUCGAUGCCCGUUGACAUAUGGUGUUGGCGUCUUGAACCGGUUCGUGGAGGGGCGCCACCCACGGGACAAACUCCUCAUCAAGGAAGGGCGCGAGUGGUGCACCGACAUCCUCGACCGCUUCGUCUCUGUCGACCAGUCGGUGGCUCUGGGCGAGGUCGUGAAAAGGAGCUACACGCCCGCUCGUCUGGGCCAGCGGAAGAUCAUUAUCAACAUCUACUGCAGCACGUCGGAUGAUGUCACGUACAUCUCCGACCCUGGAGUCAGGAAGUGUGGGACGAUAACUUUGGACCUACCGGAACCGUUACCGCUACCGGGAGCAGUGGGAGGAGCAGGAGGAGGAGGCCCAGAGAGAAGAGAGAUCAGAGCGACCAUGCAGUUCGGAGACACGGAGAUCAAAGUCACAGCCGUUGACAUCAUGUCUAACCGCUCCGUCCGGGCUUCCAUAGACUUCCUGUCUAACUGAGGAGGAGCAGGAAGUGGAGACAAGGAAUGGAAAACACAGAAAUAACUGAUUUUAGGGAUGAUAAUCGUAGAAAAAGCGGUACUUUGGGAGUGGGCGACAUGUUUUUUUUGGAAAGAACAGGAACUCACAUCCUGUAAUUCAGACAUUUAGGCUUUAUAUUUGCUCAUUAGAGUAGGUAACAUCCCAAGAGGAACAUUUUCGCCAGCCAUCACAAGUUCAUACUCAUCUCAAGAAACUGUCAGUGUCUCCUCGACUUACGGGCAGGGUGCCCUCUCUCUGCAGAAGAGAAGACAUUCAUUUGUCUGCCUUCUGGGUUCAGUGGGGAGUUUGUCAUAUCACACCCUAUGUUGCUGUCAUAGGCAUUUCCUGCCUAGAAAAAUAUGCAGAGGAGCACUUGUAUGAACUCUGAGUACACAUCCCUGCUGCAAUGAACUGACACCUUCUAAUAUUCAUCCUCCUCGAGUAGUAUUUCAACUUUUGUUGCAAGUUUGAUUGUUGCCUGGAGACUCUACCUAAAGCAUUAUACUACCUAGAGUAAAACUCACUCAUCUUAAUCGUUUAAUAUGAAGACUCUUGUGUCAUAUAAUGAAUUACACAGAGAUAUCUCAUGAGUUCUGGUCUGAUACCUCAUUUAAAUCCUAUUUCUCUAUCCAUGUACGGGAUAUUGAAACAGCUACCUGGACUGCAGCUUUGUUUUUCUAAUGUGAACAUGAUUGUGCCUUACCCAGCGGUGGAAAGACUCAACUACAAGCUGAGAAUCAUCUUGGAUGAUAAAAGCUCUCUGGAUGCAUCAAAACACAACUAAACUGUGGCAUUAUAUUUACAUGUUUCCUAUAAAGUACGUCACCUAUUCACAUUCAGGUGUAGUGUUCAGUUUUUUGUCUUUUCAAAUCCAGAUCAGGAGCUUUAUCUGUAUAUUUUCCAGAUUAUUCUUUGUGUGUACAAAAAUGGGAAAUUCAAGUUCCAACUUUUCAGCAGGAACCCAGCUUUGAUGUUUGACAUAAAAAUCUCAACUCAAGGUCCACUUACUAGCCUUUCCCAGAGCUUUCAACCAUGUCGCUCAGUCUUCCUCAGCAGAUGGAGUUUGCUGUUGUCUUUGUUAGACGUUGCCACGUGACUCAAGUAUCCUCCUAAACGUUACACACUGGACCUUUUUAUACAACUGAGCUAUUACCAUGGAAACUGGGUAAAGUCCAUCAACUGAGGAAGACAGGCUAAAUGCAGUUGAAAGCUCUGGAAAAAGCCAACAAGUGGACCACGAGUCAAGAUUUUGUUUGUCUAACUGCUGUUUCUAAGGUAAAGAAUGAACCACCACAUAAAAGCUUCAAUGUGUCAUCCAACCGUAAUAAAUGCAGUAAAUCGCUGAUGUAUUCUAUACAUAAAAAUACAUACUGUAUACGUUAAUGUGAGUUAAAAAGGUGGAAGUGUUGGCACCAAGUACGACAUGCACCCAAAGAAAAAGACAUCAUGUUGUGUCACAUUAGUCUUUUUUAUGCUGUAAUAAACUGUAUUCAUGCUUAUGGCAGUUCUUUUUUUUUUUACCCUUGCAGGUUACAAGAUGAUAAAACAAAGAUCUUACAUUAUCCUACUUUGAACAUCCAUGGCCACCAUACAUUAAAAUAAACACUUGUACCACUUCCCCUGAUA